AAGUGCAAUCAACCAUGUCGACGGCGAGCAGCAACAACAACCAGAACCGCGCACCGAUGAAGCCGUCCCGCGCGUGGGACCUGGACGUGGAAGCCAAGGAAGAGAGCAACCAAGUGAUUCGGUACGAGGCCGACGAGGACGACGAUAGCGAAGGGCACGACGGAAAGGACAGUGAAGGCGAGGACAGCGAAGACGGCGACGAUCCAAAGAACGUCUCGGUCGCGUGUUCCGAGUGGCUUAGCGCCGCCAGAGACACGAGCGAGCCGAGCAAGAUUGCUGAAGCGAAAAUCGAAAGUCGCUUUGAGAAGACGCGCGUGCCGCAUAUCGAAACAAAGCUCGACCAGUGCACGUUGGCGGGCAACCAAAGUGGUGAAGGCCGGCUCGACGCGACCCCCUUCUUGCCACUCAGCGUUCUUCCUGGCAGUGCUACGUCCUUGCAUUUGAUCGAGGGCUCGAUUGUACGCUGCAACCACGGCGCGAACCGACUGACACCGCAGUACCAAUUCUUCAUCAAGAACAAAUUGGUUCUCCUUGCCCAGAAGCAGCUCAACAACCGCACGUCCAACUACCACAUUUUCGACAUGUCGCGGGGCGCUGCAUCGUACAAGCUGAGCAAGAAGAGCGGCAACUACAUCGGGAAGCUUCGCUCAAGCUUCGGUCGGCAAGAGAACGUUAUGAUCAGCGCCCAGGCGGAGAAGCGGGAGCUGGGCGCGAUCCUCUUCGAGACGAAGACGUCCCACUCUAAGCCACGCAAGCUCACCGUGAUCUGCCCUGGUCUCACGCGCAGCGGGGAAGCCAAUUCUGUGCCAUCGAAAGGAGACGUGUUUAGCUCGCUCGCGGAGCAGGUCAAGCUGGGCCGCACGUCGGACCUUGUGAUCCUCGACAACAAAGAGCCUGAGUACGAGAAGGGCUGCUACCGCCUCAACUUCAACGGCCGUGUCUCGGUGCCAUCCGUCAAGAACUUUCAGCUCGUGCUCCGGGGCACCAAGCAAGGCGUGAUUCUGCAGUUCGGGAAAGUCUCGGACAAGCUCUUUCACCUCGAUUUUCGGCACCCGAUGACGCCGUUUCAGGCGUUUGCCAUCGCGCUCUCCCAGUUCAACUACUGAGACUGUUGUUUAAGUCUUGGACCAAUGAGACGAUGGUUUGCU